AUGGUUAUCUGGACCAAGAACGUCCCCGGUUCAUGGAUAAAAUUCAAAGCAGGCGACUUCGCGACCAAUGCAGCCAACAACAACGGCCGUACUAACUUCACCAACAAGCAACUCACAGAACUAGAGAAAGAAUUUCACUUCAACAAAUACCUAACCAGGGCCAGAAGAAUAGAAAUAGCAGCCAUGUUAGGCCUCAACGAAACACAAGUAAAGAUUUGGUUCCAGAACAGACGGAUGAAGGAGAAGAAGAAGAUGAAAGAAUGCAUCCCUCCACCGCACCAUGGUCACUCUAUGUCUCACCUUCAUCAUAUGCACUCAUCCGUUGCCAUGACAACCCCAUCAUCACUAUCUGUCCACCAGGCGUCGCCACCCUUGCCGCACUUUACGGGAGCUCUUCCGGGUCAGACUGUCUUAUCCGGUGGGUCACCGCUAGGAGAUUCCGAACUGAAAUCAGGCAGCUACUGUGGGCAUGCGCACCUAAGCCACACUGGUUCCGCCAUGGUCAUUACAAACGGAACUUAAAAACUUUUUGCAUCAAGAGACAUUGACAUUCCUCGUUCAAUUUGUAUCAUACAGAGUUAACUUUGUGGCUAUUUAUGAACUUUAUCUGUUAAAAAGAAGAUGUGUUUCAAGUCCCACUUAAAAUGGUGCUGCGUGGAGAGGUCACGUGAUAUCGUUGGAACAGUGCUGGUAACUCCUUGGCUGGAACAUCUUCUGCCAUGUCUAUACCGUACUGUCGACACGCUCCAUCAAAACUUCGGGAUAUGCUGUACAACAUACCCUCGAUGAAGGUUCUUUAGAUAUCACCAAUUUCCACCACGCCACCACAGACUUCAUGAUAAUGGUAAAAAAGGAAGUAAACUAUGGCGAUUAAUUAAAAUAUACAUCUGACCUAAAUGUAGAUUAUAUAUUUAUAAGGAAUUUUCACCUCCAGAUCACCCAGCUUUUGUAAAUCCUGAAUCAAUUAUUUUUUUGAUGAAGAGUAUUAUGCUGUCUACUCUUAAAUAUUUCGGUGUGUUAUACGUAGAUACUUGCCAGUGGGUACAACGCAGUACAACUCGUUUUUAAGGUGCAAAUUGAAUACGACUAUAGAUUCUUAUGUCGCGUUUUAUCAUGCUUAACAUGUUUGGUAGUGUCUCAAGACAAUUCGACUGUUUUUGGAUUUUAAACAAGGUGGACUAUAUCUCAUUUCUUAGACUGGACUUUGUGAUUUAAAACAACCUGAAGCGAUGCAUAUUUUCCCAAGUACCAAGAUUAGUUAAUUAUGUAUACAUAUAUGGUUGUAUACACUAAACGAGAAUGCGCUCACUCAAUACUUUGGUAAUGAAAGAUGAAUAUACCAUGUACGCAUUGAAGCUUCUUUGCAGUAUUUCACAGUCAAACGAAUGGAGAUGAAAUAUUAAUAUAUGUAUGUCCAAGGCAGCUCACGCUCACAGCGAUCAAAACAUACGACGUAGAAAACAAUAAGAGAAUCAUAACUUGGUAUUCUGGUCAGUAAGCAGAAUCCUAUCUGGAAAAGGAGAGACAAGACAUACCAGGAAAUAGAUUGUGACUACUGGAGUAUAGUAGUCAGAAGAGCGCAAUCAAAAGGUGUUAUGGCUUCCACUUAAUCGGCUGAUCCAUGCAUACAAUGUCCAAUAUUAUUAGUCAACGUACAGUCUCAUCAGUAUUCCCUAAUUUUUGCCCUGAUGAUUUCUCGAAUGAACUCAUAUAUUUUUGUUAAUAUUCCUUUCUAUGAGAUGGCUGAGAGAGAUGAUGACUGCAUACAAAGGAAGAAAGUCAUAAUUGUUUGAUGAGAUGCGACGAUCUUUUAGUGUCUUUUGUCAUGUUUGUAGUUGAUGUAGAUUCGGAAGGGUCAUACAUUAAAGAAUGCAAGUGAGUACAGAGAUGAUAUAGAUAUUUUAUUCAUGAUUCAAGGUCAAAUUUGACUUAAUUAACUUGAUGUGGAUAUUAACCGAUAACCAUUUUGAAUAUUUAUCAAUGUCUUAACUAAAUAGCCAAGACAAAGUAAUUGUGACGUAAAUUGUUAAUUCGAAUUUAUAUUUCACACACAUACUGACAUUGUGCUUUUCGACCAAUAACCCUGUGAGCGGUCAUCGUUGCUGUUACAUUAUGGGAUAUGACAUGGUACAAAAUAACAUAUAUUAAACAAAUAUAAGGUUGUAUAACAAUAAACCCUUUAAUACUAUUGAUCUAUAUAUUAUAAUACAUUCUAUUUAAGUUUUAUUUUAUUCCACGUAGAUGAAGUAAUCAUUAUGCAGGGGAAGUUAAUGUCUACAUACGCGACACAACGUUGCAUAUCGUGAUAGUUACUCCUGUCAUGAAAACAGUGACAUAUCCUAAGGAUGGGGCUUAAUUCGUUCAUGGAAUCACAAAAUUGUAAAUUCUAAUUAAUUCUCUGAUAAUGAAAAUAUUAUGGUUGGGAUAGUUUGGGUUUAUUGUCAGGGUGAUGAACCGUGAAAGCUGUGUAAGGCAUACAGAUGACUUGUUUGGCAGUUGACACUGUAACAGCUGAACUCAUUUAGACCACGUUCAUGACAGACAUCUCUCUAACCAAGAAGGUGUGACUAGGCCGAUGCUGGUGCUAUGUUUCUUGCUAAAUAAAGUAGUAUUACACCGGAGAUAGAUGCAUCUCUACAGUGUAUUCUAAUUGCAAAAGCCAUGUUUAGAGUGAAAGCGAAGGGAAAGGGCAAUAAUUAGCCAUCUUGCUCUGUUUCGGGGUCUCGGCAUCGACUGCUUUACUAAAUAAGAAGGCAACAUUCUGCGUCAUUCCAUAAUUUCCUGCGAGUAAACUGAUUAAUAAGUCCUUGCUAUUGGUAUUAAUUAUAUGGAUUGACCGUUCUAUUGUACUACACUAGUCUUAGAUCUGUGUAGUAUUACCAUAUUUAAUCAUUUAUAUCUUUAUGUAAUCAUCAAGCCCAGUCAAUUAUCGACGCAAACUGAUAUAACUCGUGUAUACAACAAACCACUUCAACAUGUAUAUACAUGUAUUUAGACAUUAUGUGCACUUGACAUAGGCCUACUUGUCCUAAUAUUCCAUUACCAAUUUUGCAAGAGUUCAGGUUGCUGAAAAUAUUUUUACGUCUUUCAUAUUUCAUGAGAGCCCCAAUGCCACUUAUUGUUAAUGUAUUAUCAACAUCAUAAUCAAAACUUCUUAUACCAAGGUUUGAUAUUUCUCAUCAUGAAUCUACUUUAGAUUGAGACCUUGUACUGCUAACAAUUUAAUUAAUUAUUUAAUCAUUCUGUCGUCUAAUUCAAACACUUAUCAUAUAUUAACCAAUUUUAAAAUAGUUUUCUUCUGAGGAUGGGCUACUUGAGGUCAUCUAGAAUUACAUAAAAAGCAGAUGGCGCCGAGAGGGAAGUUGUAAAAAGUAGAUUAAUCGUAAUAACGUCAGUUGCCACGCGUAGUACUGGGAUGGCCAGUACGUGCAUCCCAUACGCAAGAAAUGAGGUUAGUGCCUGACCAUUAGAUUCUGUUAUAUGAAAUGAAAAUUCAGGCCAGCCAAGAUCAGUCGUGUCUCUUACAGCUGCGAUGAGCAAACAGCAGAAUGGCGAAAAUGAAAAAAUAACGAGGGUCAGUGACCAUGCCUAAGACGAUUUUCAUGAUGUUGAAAGAAUAUAGCAGUCCUUGUCAGUGUAUACAAUCAGAGCCUCAGUUUACAAUAAGUGCAAACAAAAAGUCUGAAUAUUUAAGUAGGACAAGACUGACUCUUCUCUCUCCCUCUCUCUUGUUCUUUUCGGUUCGCUCUCUAUUUUCGUAUAUUCUACUCCAUCUUCCCUUCUGAAAGUUACAUUAUCAUUUGAUCUCUUCUAUUUAAGUUUGAUUUUCCUCUAUUCCUUUUAACUCACUUUUUCUUACCAAUUUCCUCUUCUUUCUCGUCUAUUUCUCUUUUUUGUCUUACUAGUAAGACUUCUUUUUCUUGCCUUAUCUUGAAGCCCAAAUGUUCACACCAUAUAUGUUAUCCUCUGCAGACACAGUGGACUAAACUUACAAUAUUUCAUGAUAGAAUCUUUUGGCUCCCCUCUACAAUUGAGAUUAAAAGAAAGAUAUGUUUGUGGUGGUGGAGUUAUAGUUGUUUUAUUGUAUGAACAGCCCUUGAACGAGCCUGUCCCCAUUCCUGUCCUUGGUAUUGACGCUUUCUAUACAGUGGUUGAAUACGCACCGCCACAGCGUCGCCUGCUUGUCAACUCCAACACGGUCUAUCGCAGACUACUGGUCUCGAUAUAAAAGCGUCAAUGCCCGCGCCCGUUCGCCAAGUUGACUCAUAAAUUGAUAUGAAUUUAAUCAUAUUUGCUACCCCCUUGUUGUGUCACCAUCAACUCCUUUUCAUGUCACCAUCUCCAUGAGGAUUGUAAACGUUUUCCUCCUCGAUGGAGCGAAGUAAAUACAAUCUAAACCAGUGCAAGCCAUAACUUACCGAGUUUAAUCCGUAACAUAUUAGACAUGUGUUGGCACCUUUUUUAAAAGAAAUGCUCUCGUAGCUCCAUUGUUUUAUCGACAUGAGGCGCGUGUGUGCGUUCAUGAUCGUCUGCACUGUGGUGUACCACUGUCAUUAAGAAGGUGUCAAAAUCAACAUUCCGAAACGGUGAAAGAAUUCAUGCGAGAGAAAAGGCCAUUUAUUACAUUUUACAAUGUAGGACUACCACUUACUAAGACGAGAUGGUAAACCCAUUGAAGUAAAAGAUGGAUAUUUCAUGGAAGAUUUCUCAUUUAGGACCAGUCAUUGAUCAAAAUGUUUUACAGCAAUUUCAUGAAGACCUUCUUUUUUUACAUGUAACGAAGUAUCUUGUUUCAUCAGUACUCAGUUAUCUUAAGUCUAAAUCCUGGCAGUUAUAAGUUUGUUUCCUUGUCAUUUUUUCUGUUAAAAAUUGAUGUAAUGAAUUUUUAAAAUCUACAAUUUGAAAUAUGACUGCGCAAAUAAGUACAACAAACGGUUACUUAUAUCAAUACAUUUUUAAAGAUGUAGCCAUGGUGAACGGUGUCGUCUUGGGUCUAGAUUCACUCAAGUAAAUUUAUUGUGAAAUCUCCAGCUGUUUUCCCUAAACAUUGAUUUUCGUGUGUGCAAUUUGAAGCCUUCCCCAUACCGUACUGCAAGAGGUGAAUAUGAAACACAGUUUGUAUGAGUGAUAAUUACUCAUGCAUCAUCAUAACGAGUGGUCAAAGGAAUCUGUAGACAGGCUUACAAAAGAAAAUAUUUGCCCAAGACUCAUUUACUUCAUAAACGUCUAUCUUCAUAAAUUAUUUAACAAAGCAGCGAUAUAUGGACGAACUCCGUAUGGUUUCACUUCGUUUUAAUUCAUGACCACUGUAGUCAUGGCGAAGAGUUAUUAAGGAUCAUAUUUAUGUAAAAAGAUUGUAAAGUACUUUGUAAGAUUCGUUGGAUUUGUGCAAUAUUUGAAUGCCAAGAAGCUUGCUUUUUUAACUUCGACUUGUCGCUAAAUCAUGAUUUCUGUGAAGAUAUAAGUUGUGACUAUUGUUGUGAGAUGUAUGAAAUAAAACUCAGUUCCGUCUGCAUAACAGCUGACUAUUGAAGCAGUAUACUGCGUGGUAACUUUAAUAUGAAUUGCUUGGACAAUGAAACAUAUAUAUUUAAAAAAUGAUACUUUCUAAGUUCACAUAAUCGGAUACCUAAUUGCCAAAAUGUAUGAAAUAUUCUUCAUUAGCCCUCCUGAAAUAUUGUUGUUAUUAUAUUCAAAAUCCCCGAUGUUCGUUUGAAAUAUCUUAUAGCAAGUUAUAUUUGUGGAGUGCACUUUGUUAAUAACAUUCUAUUUCUCGAAAGCCCACCUAUCUAUUGUGCCAAAUCGUAUUUACAUGUGAAGGAAAAAAGAAAUACCCACCUCGUUCUUGAUUGAUUGUAGUUCUAUGCCAAUGAAUAUCAAUCGGAAUGAAAUGGUUCAAGUUAAGUUAAUUAUCUUGUUAGUUUAACGAAAAUAACGUAUUUGCAAACUCAGGAUGCAGUCCAAGAAAUAAAUGUACAACGUAUUACCUUUUGAAUUAGAUUGAAGUAAUGCGAACAAUAACGUCAACUUAAUUUGUUAUGGCAAUGUACCGUAUUUCUUCAAUUAAUUGAAUUUACAAUCAUUGCUUGUAUUUUUGUUUUCAAGUAGAAAUAAAUAAGAAAUAGAAAUUGUUGUGAAAAUGCUUCAUGGUUAGCAUCACAUGCAGGCAGACAGGCAGGCGAAGUAUACACUGUGAACGUGCCAAAACAAAGUGAAUUACUUGAAGAAUAUCUAAUAAAGUUUGUAUAACCAUUUCAAAAGCAGAAUACAGAAUAAGAAUAAACUAUGUUAUGCAAGAUUAUGUAUCAUCCACCGAUAUUUGUUUUACUGAAAUCAAUCUUUCAGGUAUUUUACUGUUUGAUCCUCAUAACUAUGUGGAUAUUAUUUAUUGCUGCAGCGAUGAGUUUGACAACUGAGUUCAUGGAAUGUUUCAUAAUUCUCUAAAUCUAGCACACCCUUUGAAUGUACAUAUUUUUGUGACGGGUUUUCUUUUUAAAGAAGCAAAUUGAUGUUUUAUGUGUUUCAACUGUGGAAACUUAUAUUCGACCAUUGUUACAUAUUGCCAAAUAUUGUAUGAUAUUGAAAAAAAAAGAAACACAAUUUGUUUGUUAAUGUGUGUAUCA